AUGUCUACAGAAGCUCUUGUAUCUCAUUUAGCAUCAGUUUAUUCUGACUUAUCAAUCGACGCCACUGCCAAAGUUGAUGUUCCUUUGAUUGAAUCUUAUAUCAUCUCUCUUAAAUCAACAUCGCUUAACCCAGAAAUAAUUGAAGUCAUUAGCUUCUUGUUUUAUGUAAUCAAUAAUCCAAACUAUCAUACCAUCAGUGAUGAAUCAGAUUGUUUGAUCGAAUUGUUAUCGUCAUUGUUAUUGAGUUUGUCAUUGACCGAGGUGAUUGAAAUCUUUGAUAAUUUGAAUAAUUUUGACUUUAAUUCAAUUCUCCAGAUCUGCCUAGAUCAAACAGCAUCUCAUGCCAAAAUCCAACAAUUAGCAAUUGACUUGCUAACAAAGUCAACCGCGCUUGAAAUUAGGAAAAUCAGCCAUCAUGUCAUAGUUAGAGUUUUCAAGAUAUUUUCAUCUUUUGAAACACCUUUAAAUGUUGUGAACUCCAUCGAUAAAUUCUUCAAUCAUGUAUUAUACCUAUCUAUAUCUGAUCAUACUAUUUUUAACGAUACAUUCACGAUUCAUAACAUCGAAACUUUACUUUCCAUGAGAUCUACGACCCAUUCACCGGUUUUAACCGUUAGAUUGAUUGAUUUGUUAAUCAAAAUGUUUGAAAAAUUCCCACAGAUCAUGAUAUCAAACAAGACUAUGUUUGCCAAUCUUUAUAUUUUCGAGGAAAAAAGCUUUUUGGAGAACGAUGAUUUCUUUUAUCUCAACAAGCUUAUCAAUUUACAUUCAUCGAUAUUUUCUAACAAUUAUGAUCAUCUAUUAGACCUGCUGGCUUCCAAUAACAAAAUAUCAAACGAGUACGUUGCGGAGAAAUUUAAAAAUCAGUUGAGAUAUAUAUUCCAACUAUAUUCAUUGAGUAAUGAUGACACAAUGAUAUAUUCGGUGAACGAGCUCAUUGAAUUUUAUUCAGUUUUUUCCAGGUUUGACGAGGCCAAGUUUUUAGCUUUUUCUGAAAAGUAUCAGAUUAUCACCCAAUAUUCAAUUAAUAGCUUAUCGAAUGCAAGUAAUGUGUUACUAUUAGCCUCAAUUAACCCAAAGGUAUUAUUAUCAUUUGAUCUAUCAGGACUUUCAUUGACAAAUAAAUCUCUUCCAAUCUUCAUCAAUUAUAUAUCAUACGAAGACACUUUUGAGGUCAUUAGAUCCAGUUCCCAGUUAUCAUUGUCGGCAAUUUCCAACUUAACUUUGGAGAAUACCUUUGAAAUAAUGUAUGAAAUGGCGCGGUUCUCAUAUUCUGCAAAGUACUUGCUCAAAGAACUACCAGUAUUGGUUCAUAAUCACUUAGUCUCUGCUAACAUUAAUGAUAGGGAAAAUAUAAUGGUCAAGAGAAAUUUCCGUUUGAACCAAUUGAAGAUUGAAAUUUUGGCUGAAUUGGUAAAGAAUGAUGCAACCAAAGACGAAACAUUGCUAUCUUUAUUGAAGACUGAAAAGAAUAAAUUGGCUAGUGGUGAUAUUUAUUCGGAUACGGUUCAAGCUGCAGUGGGUAGUAAGACAAGUUGA